AGGUAGUUAAAUAGAAUGGCAUGGUUUCGACCGCCUAACUUCUCAUCUAUCCCCGUCUUCAAUCAACAAAUGUUGCAGGCUUUUGCUUCUAUCUCGCCCUUCCACGUGGCACUCCCUGCCGUCGCACGUGUCAAGUCUCCUCCAGUUGCUUUCCCUAUCAGCCAGCCACGACCAGGACAUUUCCGAUCACGCUCCAUCGGGACCGCCGCCAAGUCCACUCCCUCUGCAUUUCUUGACCUCAAAGCCAGCAAAGGAAUGAGUGAGUUUCAUGAUGCUGAGCUGAAAGUCCGGGAUUAUGAAUUGGAUCAGUAUGGAGUUGUGAAUAAUGCUGUUUAUGCAAGUUAUUGUCAACAUGGUCGUCAUGAGCUUUUGGAAAAAAUUGGCAUCAAUUGUGAUGCAGUUGCCCGGACUGGUGAUGCCUUGGCCCUGUCGGAGUUGUCACUCAAAUUCCUUGCACCUCUGAGAAGUGGAGAUAAGUUUGUUGUGAAGGUGAGGAUCUCAGUCUCGUCAGCUGCUCGCUUACACUUUGAGCACUUCAUUUUUAAGUUGCCGAAUGAAGAGCCUAUUUUGGAGGCAAAGGCCACAGCAGUUUGGCUUGACAAAAAUUAUCGCCCUGUCCGAAUUCCACCAGAGAUGAGAUCUAAAUUUGUUCAGUUCCUUCACCAUGAGGAUUCUAAUUGAUUUAAAUGCAACAAACACUUUGCAGAAAAAAAUUCUUACCUAUUCACCCAUCGUAAUAGGUAAUACAUUUCCCCAUUUGCAAUAUACCUUCUUCAAAUUCAUAUAGAAACUUGGACUCUACAGUAUUAAUCAUAUACACGUUCCAUAAUUUCUUGAACGAUUGCUGGGUGGAGUAAGAAAUGAGCAACCAUGAGUUUGAAGAGUGUAAAAGAUCCCUUCUUUAAACUUGAUUCUUGUUUGUGUAAUGACGUUGCUGUUUUUUGACAUGGACCUCCUUGAUGGCAAUUGAUAGAGCCAAAUCCUGGAGCUCAAAUGCUUACAUACUGUCUCGUAGAAUUUUCUUUUUCGGUGGUUCAAAUGAAAUUAGGCCCUCAAAACGAAACGAUAUGAAUCCAAACAUGGGCUGACUUGAACGGAUAAUAGGACAGUUCAUCAAGUUGUAUUGAAAGGAAGCGGAGCUUGAGCUUAGCUUGGUGGAGAACUUUGAAGCUUGAAGCUUGGCUCGUAUUCAUGGUUUUUUUAUUUGGCUUGAGCUCAUGAACUGUGACAUAUAAAAUAACAUUAUUUAUGUUAAUAGUUAAAAUAAUGUCAUUUUUUCCAUUAUUAAAACGAUGGAUUUUUCAUAAUGAUCCAAAUUUCAUUGCUUUGACAA